UAAAAUUUAUGUAAUAAGUGCCUACUAUGAUAUAAAAACGUCAUUUUAGCGAUGUAAACAAAAUCCGUGCACUAGCCCCAAAUCAUUUGUUUCAGGAGCUAGUCGGUAUAAUAGAAAAUUAUUAAAACGAUAAGCGUAUCUAUUCAUCGAAUAAAGUUUUUAAGCAAAAUUAAUGGCAUAAAGUAUUAUUACAAUUCCGGAAAGAUAAUAAAUAUUCGUGUUUGUUGGUUUUAAUUAGUACGGUAACUUCGAUUCAAACCUUUUGGAUUAUAUGACAAGCACCCAAAAUUUCUAUGCGCUAUAGUCGCCAUUUUGACAUCAAAACCUCAGAAUGUCCUAAUACGUGAUUGUUUGACUGCUUUUAUUUUCUAAUGUCGUGAGUACUUUUUAUGAAUGAUGGAAAUUUAAUUAUUCUAAAGUAUAAGUGCGUAAGGUGUAUUAUCAUAUAUUAAAAUGGACGCGGUAAAAGCUUUUAAUGCCGAACUUACGGCCCUGUAUGACGAGGCUCCGCCGAUAACUAAAGUUAAAAUGAACUCCAUAUCUAAGGGAGCAAUGAAGGCCAUUAAGUUCUAUAAGCAUGUAGUACAAAGUGUUGAGAAGUUUAUACUUAAAUGUAAACCAGAAUACAAAGUUCCAGGGCUUUAUGUAAUUGACUCUAUUGUUCGACAAUCCAGACAUCAGUUUGGAGCAGACAAAGAUGUGUUUGCACCACGGUUUGCAAAAAACAUUACCAGUACAUUCAUUAAUUUAUUUCAAUGCCCCCCAGAAGAAAAGAGCAAGAUAAUACGUGUUUUGAACUUGUGGCAAAAAAACAAAGUUUUUGCAGCUGAAGUUAUACAGCCGUUGUUUGAUUUGGCUGAUCCUAAUCAUCAUGCCUAUAAAGAAAUAGCAGCAACUAGUGGUUCUAAUGGAGAUGUGGUCAAGAGUUCUCCAGCUGUAAAAGGUCCUCCAAAACAUGACGCUGAAGCAUCCGCUGAACCUCAAGCUAAGACAAAUAAUCAACUGCAACAGUUGCAGCAAAUUCAUCAGCUGCUUUUACGACAACCUGAGUAUAGUAAAACUCUUUUGCAAGCAAGAAAGCCGGACGUUAAAUUUGAUAAAAAACUUUUAGAUUAUGACUACAGUGAGGAAGAUGAUGAUUCACAAAAUCCAAGCCCAAAUCAAGAUUUAUUAGGAAGAUUUUUGCAAAGCAAUCCUGAUGUUUUGAGACGCUUACAAGCUCAACUUAAUCCAAUGGCUUCUCAAUCACAAGCUGAGUUAGAGGAAAAACGUAAACAGAUUGAAAUGGAAAUGAAAAAGGAAGAAGAAUUUGAUAAACACUUAGCUCAUUUAGCACCUAAUUUACCAUUCGCCACUGAAUGUGAUUUAUCUAUAGCAGAAGGAGAUGUAUCGGCUUAUAGUUAUAUGUCUAAUCAAGCAGAAAUGUCACAACCUCCGCCUGGAUUUUCUCAAAUGGAGAGCAUACCGGUGGCAGAUGAUACUAAUGGAAGUGAUGUGGAAUUCAUAGGAGCUGAACCCAGCAAUAUAAUUAUCAAUUUGGAUGGAAAUGAUUCGGCUACAAGAUCUCCUGUUGAUAAACAUAGGAGAAGACGAUCUACUUCUCGAGAUCGUAGAAGGCGGUCAAGAUCAAGGUCUAGAGGUAGACGUCGUAGGUCAAGAAUUCGAUCAAGAUCCAGGUCUCGUGAUCGAAGAGAUCGAGAUCGUGAUAGAGACAAGAAUCGUGAUAAAGACACUGAUAAGGAACAAGAACAUGAACGUGAGCGGAAAAGACGUGGAUUGCCUCCAGUAAAACCUGAAUAUCUUAGCGUGUGUAGUACAACUUUGUGGGUAGGUCAUCUGUCAAAAUUGGUGCAUCAAGAAGACCUGUCUGACACUUUUGGAGAAUAUGGAGAUAUAGUUUCGAUUGACUUGAUUUCACCACGUGGAUGCGCAUUUAUUGUGAUGAACAGAAGGCAAGAUGCAUAUAGAUGCUUAACUAAAUUGAAGCACCAUGUGAUGCAAGGAAAGGCAAUUACUAUUGCCUGGGCACCAGGUAAAGGAAUGAAAGGAAAAGAGUGGAAAGACUACUGGGAAGUGGAAUUGGGUGUAUCCUACAUACCAUGGUCAAAACUAAAACCUCCUCUUAAUUUAGAAACUCUUGAAGAGGGUGGUAUGUUAGAUGAAGAUACUAUGCCUCAGUGGGUGAAGGAGCAAGUACAGGCCCAAAACAAUGCUAAAGCUUCAACAGAAGCUAACAAAUCUGACAUAUCAUUCAUCCAAGUUCCACCUGGUUUACCUCUUGGACCUACAGGACCGGUUUUGGAUACAAGUCAACCACCUCCAACUACACAUCCAAUGCUACCAAUGCCCCCUCCUCAUAUGUCUGUUCCGCCAUUCCCAAUGCCUCCAGUACCAAGGUUAUUAGGACCAAUGGGUAUGAUGCCACCUAACAUGGGAAUGCCACUUGCAGUUCCACCUCCGAAUUUGAUGGGUCUUUCUGCUUUUCCUCCUCCUGCUUCAGGAUUAGUAAAUUCUAUUCCACUUCCAUCUACUCCGGCUCAAGAUAAAAGCAAUAUGCCCCAACUAGGGGGUCAGGUACCACCUUUAGCUAUGGUGCCACCUACUAGUGAAGCGACGUUACCUGGCAUGUCUGAAGCAUUACUGAGAGUGCCAUUUGGAGUACCACCCCACAUUCAAGCUGCACUUGCUCAACAGCAUGCUCUGCGCCAAGUCAACAUGACGCCUACAACAAUACAGCAGCCUAAGAAGAGUUCUCCUAUGCCUGUCACAUCUAGUGCAUCAAAUCAUGAUGACAAUAUGGACAUUGAUAUGGAUGAUGACAUGGUAAAAAGCUGUGAUAAGCCAGCUCCGACAAGCGAACAGCUAUUAGCUUCAUUCAGAGCAGAACACAAUUUACCUCAGUUUAUGUUCCCUCCGCCUCCACCAUUACAUACAAACAAUAAAAAGCAGGAGCCAAAUAGAUCAUCAAAUUACGAAAAGAAAUACGACGAUAGGGGUCGUGGCAGAGACAGGGAUAGAGAUAGGGACCGUGACCGCGAUCGUGAUCGAGAUCGAGGAAGAGACAGGGAUCGUAAUAGUGAUCGUGACAGAGAUGGGGAUAGGAGAUCUAAUCGAUGGCAAGAUGAUGAAAAAAAUAGAGAUCUUGAAAAUAAUGAUAAACCUCAAGAGAAAAGCUUGCAAGAUAGAUUGAGAGACUUGGCAAAAGAGAGUCCAAUGAAGAAUGUGGACCGUGAAGACAGAUAUGAAAGAAGAGACAGAGAUCGAAGAAGGGGUGAUGAUCUAUCAUUCAAUAGCAGAAAUAUCCCUUCUGGAGGUUCACAGUCUGCGGACCAUUUUCCUGAUAUGGAUCAGAAAGGAACACCCUUAUUGAGAGAUCCUGUGCCGUUUGGAGAUAUGCGCGAUGGAGGAAGAGCACAAUUUGCUGAUAGAGAUAUGAGGCCUUUUCCCGAUAACAUGAGAGAUGCAAGACAAUUUCCUGAAAAUUGUAGAGAUAACAGAGAUUUCAGAAUGCAAUAUCAGGAUGGAUUUGAUAAUAGAGACAGGCGGCCUCCAUUUGUUGAUAGAGAACCAGGACCAUUGUUUCCAAAUGACAUGAUGGAAUCGUCUUUUAAUGACAGAGAUAAUAACUUCAGAGAUCUCGAUGCUAGACAAGCAGGCAUGCAUUUUGGGGAUAACUUACGUGACAUGGGCAAACCAAUUCCACCAUAUCCUGAUAUGAUGGAUUCUUUCGAUUAUCCAGAAGAAAUGAUGCCAUCUCAUCCAAGAAUGAGACCAGAUGAAAUGGAUAUGUACGAGUAUGACAUGCGAAGAGAGGAAUUCCUCUUAGAUCGUUUAAAUGGUGGAGUUCCAAUGCGUGAUGAGUUUGACCUUAGAAUGCAUGGAGGGCCUGAGUUCUUUGGCGGACCUAGAAACUUCAAUAAUUUAGGACCCAGGGGUCCUCCAUUAAUGAAUCGUUCUCAAAUGCCUCCUUUCGGGCCCAGGAGAGGAAUGCCUCCAAUGAUGCGUGGCGGACCGCCUAGAGGUAUGCGCAUGAAUGGACCACCACGUCCUCUGUUCAUGAAUAAUCCUAGACCACCUGGUUUUGAAGGAGGGCAAAGACCACAAUUCUUUGGAGGUGACAUGCCACCUCAUUUGGAGUUUGAACAAGAUGAUAGUCUUCGUUCAAGGAGACAAGACAAAUGGAGUAGACAGCAGAGUGAUGAAUUUGAAAAGGGUAAAUCCUCAGAAAAUAGGCGCAAUUCCCGUUGGACUAAUUCAAGCCCAGAAAGGAAAUCAGACAGUAAAUCAGAUCAACCAGCAGAAAACUCUGUUGAGUCUGAAAAAGUAGCAACCAAUUCUAAUGAUAAGACAAACACAACUGAACAGGAAAAUAAUCAAGAAGUGUGCAAUAAGUCUGAACCAAUUAAUACUGAGAGUACAGAACAAAAAAAAGACAUCGACACUAGUGUGCCCGAGGCAGAAAAACAAGAGCAGACUAAAAUGAACAAUAGUGAGAAUGCUGUGGAUGAAUCAAAUGGUAAAAAACAAAGUGUUGUUGGCGGUGGUAAUACACCAUUGCACGAUGAACCUGCCGAACAAGACGUUUGACCUUAAUUAGUCGUGCAUUUAAGUAAUGUUUGAUAAUUAUUGACCAAAUCAUCAGAAUAUUUAGUGGAACCUAACGUGGCUGUGAUAGUGAACACAGGAUUUAUUUUCCAACCUAAAAACUCAAUGAUAAUAUUGUGGAAAAUAAAUUCUUUAAGUAUUAAGAACUUUGAAAUAUUUAAAAGAGAAAAUAUAUUUUAUAGGCGAUCUUGUACAUUGUAAACUUUUUAUUUUACAUACAUAUGAAACUGGAAGUGUAUGUUUUUUUUUACCCAAUCACAAUCUUAAUCUAUCAGUCAUAAUAAAUAUGGUAAUCUGUGUGCAAUAAAAAUGCACGAGUUACAGGAAGUGGAGUCCUGUGUUCACAACUGCUUGGCGUUACUUGGUGAUGGAACUAGCGCUUGCACUCAAAGUGAGUGACAAGUGCAAGGUAUGGUGCCACUUGUUCAAUAAUUAUCCACAUAUAUUAUAGAGUUUAGAAAAUAUCAAUAAUUAUGAAUAACUCAUUCAUUUCGCGUGUAAUAUAUAUAAAUCAGAAGUUACAAAAUUAAUAACUUCGAACAAAAUUUUAGGUAUUGAUGUUACUUUGUAACAUUUUUUGAUAUUGUCUUAACAAAAAUGUGUCCUGGUUAUGAUAUGAUUUAUUGAUAUUUCUAACAUUUUUAUAAAAUUUGCAUUUUGUUUUUCUGUUUAAGGUAAAGAUUGGGAUACAAUGCAUGCGAGAUAUAGGAAUUUUUGGCAAAUGACGUAACAAUCCAAUAUUCUAAUGUUUUGAAUUUGAAACUCUAUUUGUAAUGUAAAAUAUGAAAUGUCAUGAAAUGUAAUUGUUACAAAUAGAAUUAUACAAUCA